GUGUGAUGAUGUAACAGGAAGUAGUGGGUUGCCUUCCAACGUCAACCUGACAGCCGCUUCAGCUGCGCUCAUUGAGCGCCGGAGAUCCGCUGUGUGUGUUUCUCUGUGCCGGAGCCGAAGACAGAAGCCACUUCAGGGACUGUUGGAUUUUAUUCUCUGAUCUGCUGCUGCUAAAUCAUCAACCAGCUUUGACAUGGCCAAAAGGAAGAUGGAUAGCAUCGGGCGGAGUGGGAUGGUGGCACUCAUACUGCUGUGUAAUCUAACAAAGAUUUUUGUGAAAGCAAGCCUGGAGGUCAAUGAAACCCAGCAGCAGCAGCAACCAACCCACGUCUACCAUGACAUGGGACUCACCAGGAACAAGAUAGUUACAGCGCAGUUUGAGUGCUAUCAAAAGAUAAUGAAGGACAAUACCCACAGCAGAGAAGAGCCCAUGUGUAAUCGCACUUGGGAUGGCUGGCUGUGUUGGGAUGACACCAAGGCAGGUAUUUCCUCAGAGCAGCACUGCCCGGACUACUUCCAGGAUUUUGAUCCUUCAGAGAUGGUUACAAAGAUUUGCACAGACAGCGGUCAUUGGUUCCUGCAUCCAGAGAGCAACCGGACUUGGACCAACUACACCCGCUGCAAUGAACACACCAAUGAAGGCAGAGUGACUGCAAUGAAUCUUUUCUACUUAGCUCUCAUAGGACAUGGACUGUCACUGACCUCCCUCUUCAUCUCGCUCGGAAUAUUCUUCCAUUUCAAGAGUUUAAGUUGCCAAAGGAUCACGCUUCACAAAAACCUCUUCUUUUCUUUUGUUCUGAACUCUGUGAUCACCAUCAUUUGGUUGACGGCAGUGGCAAACAACCAGGAGCUGGUGCAGAGGAAUCCAACGAGCUGUAAAGUCUCCCAGUUCAUUCAUCUGUACCUGUUUGGCUGCAAUUACUUCUGGAUGCUGUGUGAGGGAAUAUACCUGCACACUCUCAUCGUGGUGGCUGUGUUUGCUGAGAAGCAGCACCUGAUGUGGUACUAUCUUUUAGGCUGGGGCUUUCCUCUCAUUCCGGCUUCCAUACAUGCCGUUGCUCGAAGUUACUACUACAACGACAACUGUUGGAUUAGCUCCAAAACAUCACUACUCUACAUCAUCCAUGGUCCCAUCUGUGCUGCUCUUUUGGUCAAUUUGUUCUUUCUACUAAACAUCGUGCGAGUGCUCAUCACCAAACUGAAGGUGACCUAUCAAGCGGAGUCUAGUCUCUACAUGAAAGCUGUGAGAGCCACCCUCAUCCUGGUCCCUCUUCUGGGAAUUCAGUAUGUCCUGCUUCCCUACAAGCCAGAGGGGCGGGUCUCCUCUGAAAUAUACGACUACAUCAUGCACAUAGUAAUGCAUUACCAGGGUCUGCUGGUGGCCACCAUCUUCUGCUUUUUCAACGGAGAAGUCCAAGCAGUUCUGAGGAGGCACUGGAACCAGUAUCAUAUUCAGUUUGGCAACAGUGUAGGAAACCACUCAGAUGCCCUGCGUUCAGCCUCCUACACGGCUUCCUCCAUCACUGAGGUACAGGGCUGCUACAGCAUCGACAGCCACACAGAACACAUGAACGGGAAGGGCUGCCAUGACGCCGACGCCUCUAUCUUAAAGUCAGACAGCCCCUUCGCCUGACGACAACACUCUCCCCAAGCCCUGCCCGCCCCAUCCCCCCCUUAAAAACUGCAGCAUGUUCGGAGCUCCGUGGCAACCAGGGAAACUCGCCUCUUCCUUUAGAUACAAUGUCAGAAGCAUUGAGUGAGGAAAAGGAUUUUAUACCCAGGCUCUCUCUCUCCACCUAAAGGAAAUUGUCACCUCUCUUUUACACCGAGACAGGCCCUUUAACAGUAAUGUAUGGUGAGCUCAAUGCAACUAUUGCUGCGCUGUGUUUUGUCUACAAUUUGCAACUGAACUGCUUCACUUGGACUAAGAUGCAUUCUGGUAAUCACAAUAUUGUUGUGAUUUUUCUGCCUGACAAAAUUGUUUUUAAAUGGAUGAAUAUUAACUGCUUGACUGUCCUCUUGGGGUCAUGUUGUGCACAAACAGCCUUUGGUUACACUGUAAAUUCUUUUGACGUGGUUAGUGCCAAACCAAGAAAUCCUUGCCUGCCUCAUUUAUUUUUUAUUUUCAAUACAGAAUCAGAACAGGGGUUUAACAGGUGCAUAAUAAUAUAUUAAAGCUCUAUUAUAUAUUUCACAUGUUAAACUUAAUUUAUCUGAACAUAUUCUUAAUUAAAUGAAAUAAAUACCAUGCAGUAUUUAUUAAAGUUGACAUUCUACAUUUUUUUCAAAAAUAGUCAAUUGAAUACCAAUAUGACUUGUUGCCAGCUUCACACAAACUUUCAAUAUAUUUCUUGUAUGUUUGUGUUUGUGUAGUUAAUGCAGAAGAUUUACAGAAUCAUGCUGUUAGCUUGCAGGCUUCAUUUUUAGAGAUUUCACCAUGCUAAUGUGUGAGCGUGUUUAAGUGAUCCUUACUGACAUGUGCAACCUUUGUAUUAUCACCGAGAAGCCAUCAUGAAAUCACAUGUACUCUAGUAUCUAGUCAUUACACUCGAAUGUAACCGUGAAGUUUGAAGACCUGGCUCUGAAGAUAUAUGCAUCACAUUCCCAUUCUGUCUUUAGCCUUACUCUUCUCAAAUUACACAGACAUAACCAGUAUAUAAGCAUUACCGGGUGUUCAGACCGAAAAACAGCACUGUGUUAAAACUGCAGGGGUCUGCGUUGGUGUGGGAAACGGUGAGAAAAUGAAAUACGAUUCAUCCGCGACUUUUAAAGGUCCAUAAAGUCAAUUUUAAUACAAUACUCACACGCUAUUGAAAGAGUUAUUGGUGGUUGUAAUAAUUCCUUCUAUUACUAGCCGUGAAUCAAUCCCUUUGUAGUGCAACUAAAUUGUUAGAAAAUCCACUGUCCUUCUUCAGUGCAACAACACAUUCUAAAAUUCAGCCAAGGCUAAUAUAGUUAGCCAAAUCAAGUGAGUAUCUUCAUGCUAGCUAGUCACCUAAGGGUCUAUUGCUGGUGGGGGGGUUUUCAGAGGAAACACACAGAGGGAAUUUCGUAAUAAAAAGGCCGUAACUUGAGAAGAUACCCACCUUAUUUGGCUAACUCCCAAAGCUGAAGCCUCAUUAGCUUUGGCUAAAGCAAUUCCAGCGACCAACAACUCUUUCAACAUACAUAUGGCAUGUAAGUAUUGUAUUAAGAAAGACUUGAAAAACUCCAAACCCAUCCUUCGAGGCUUAUCAAACACCCAGACACCAGGGAAUUAUAAUACUAUGAGGAAAUAUUCUACAACUCUACAAAGUUAUCAUGGAGAAAAUAAUGUUGUCCUCUUUCUCGAUGAUUGUGAGGUGAACAGUAGACGUUAAAAAGGAAUGUGCACUUGCAAGUUUUUGAUUGACCAAUGCAGUGAGUUUCCAGAUGAUGCUGGACUGCACUGCGGCUAGAGUUGAGUCAGGUUCAACCGUUUUGCAGGACGGCCCUGCGUGUUUUUUUUUGCUGGAGCCUGCUGCAACGAAGCAGCGACCUCAUUCACAUGAAUGAGGGACCAGGUUUUUUGACGUAGUGCUAAUGUCAGUCUGAACACAGCCUAAAAGUACAUGUGAUGAUAUUAUCACAUCUCACAAAAAACUGUGCAAAAAAAAAAAAUAAUACUGCAAAAAACAUUCUUUGUAAAGCAUUUCGCUAAAGCAGACUGUAUCUAGACCUGGUCAGGAAUCAUUGCACUUAUUUAUAAUUAUGCUGUCAUUUCAUCCACCCAAACCUUUUACUUUUGACUUUUCCUUCAAUUUUAACACAUUGUCUGCAAUGCUGGGAACAUAAGUCACUAUCAGCUGAUGUAAAUAUUUUUAUAAAUCUAGCAUUUCUGAAAAGAGGACAAGUUGUGUGUGUGAGAGAGAGUGUGUGUGUGUGCAUGAUUUAUAUAUACAGUAUUUAUGAGUACAUUAUACUCACUUAUAGAAGCAUUCAACCAUGAAGCAACCGUCUUAUGUGACAGUGUGUGGGACGUUGAUAAAGAAGUUGUUUGCUCUACUUUUGUGUUUUAAAAAGGGAGGGGUGGGAAAGCUACUGUAUCUGUCUGCCCAUAUUAUUUGUCAUCAUCCUUCUGUCACCUCUCUUUUUUUUUUGCCUGUAUUUGAAAGUGAAGAAAGAAGUACCACUUUGUUUUGUGUUAGUUAGUUAUCCAUGCCAUAUAAUCAGAACAGACAUACAUAUGUUUCCUGAAACAAAUAAUCCAAGUCUUUCCAAAGGGAUUUCUACUUUACUAUAAAAUGCAGAGUGUUGAAAACAAAAAUGGACAUCCUCUGUUGCGAUGAUCCAUGUUUAUUCCUUUCUUUGGAUACAGUAACUCUGAGUAUGAGGCGGAUAACCAAAUGUUUAAAUCUUUCACAUACACUGUCCAAAAUAACUACCUUCUAACAAAAUGUCAGUAACUUUUAUCUUUGGUGGAUGAGUCACCCCUCACACUGCUGGCUGUUCAUUUUUUUUCUGAUCAUUUUUGAAUGUCUCAAUUUUCUCAUCAGUCUUUAAUACACCUGCGAUGACUUAAAGCAUGUGAUUAUACACACGACUGGGAAAGUGACAUAUUUGAUAGAAACUUAAGUAUUCUCGGCUGCCAGUGUUUGAGGUAAAGGGGUAAUUUCAGACAGGAAUAUAUUGACAGUAUUCUAAGCAACAGGUAUCAUGUGAAAAUCAGGCUGCAGUGUCACGCAUACAGUUUGUACUUUUUUAUGUCAGAUCUGCAGGACAGUUUCUCCAUUUAAUCAUAAACCAUACAGCCUACAUGUAUGGCUGUCACAGUACUGCUUUGCAGCAAGUGAUUAAUGUACAAUGACAGCAUUAUGAAAUCUUCAUAAACCAAGUUAUUUACAGUGUAGUACUGCAUCAUAGUCAUUUAUGAAGCUACAGUCAUUUUAUCACAACUGUGGAAAAGCCAGAGACUUUCGGCAAAUGUAGUAACUCCUAUGUACCAUUUGUGUAUUUAUGUGUGAAUUAUUUUCAUUUGACUCUCCAAAGGGUUUGUGAAGUCCUCAGUGACACUUUGGUGACAUGUUAUAAAGUAUGACAAAAGCAUUAAGGACAAUGUCUGUAGUUUUUGUUCAUACUGUACUGUAUUUAACUUUGCUAGUCUUGACACAUUGACUCCACACUGCUGUUUGAAUGUAACUGGUUGUGUUUUAUUCUGUGGAUGUGAAAAACAUAUAUAUAUAUAUAUACACACAUAUAUAUAUUUACGUACAAUGUGUCUAUUUUUAUUAGUAUUUUACUGAAUUAGACAAUGUUGCUAUCUUCUGUGUAUCUGCAUACUAAUACAGUAUAGCACAGCACCAGCCGUCACCUCUAGUACUUUUAUUUUAUUUGUCCUAAUUGUGAGAGAUUGUACUGCACAAUAUUGCUGCACACACACUGUCACACAUUUUGAUAUGUUUUUUCUUUGGAUUUUGUGUGAAGGUUGGCCCAGCCCAAGUAUGUUGAACUGCUGGUGGUCCAUGUUUAAAAUGUGUUUUCAGGAAAAAUCUAAACUGCAUACAGUCAAGGUGCACAACUGCUUUAUAUCUCAGUACUACACCUACAGUCAAUAUGCCAGUAAAUAAUAAGCACAACUCAUAAUUUCACUCCAUGUCAAAAUGUCAUUACCAGUGCAUGUAGUUUUCUCGUCAGGUUAUUAAAGGUCCUGUCCCUCCUCAAUCUUCAACCACACAAGCAAAUCAAUUUAGCAGAAUUUUUAAGGCUUUACUGUAGUGUUUAAUAUAAUUCAUGUUUGUCUCACGGAAUAAAAAUGUGAGUUUAGUGUCAAAGUCAAGUCUGCCAAAUCUUUAAGAGCACAAUGUAACUGAUUUGACACCUCUGUGGCUCUGUGGUGGGGUGUUGUAAUGAGAAACAGCUGCUACAUUGGCAAAGAGUCCCCACAGUAACUGUCAAAAGGAACAAACAAGCUUUCUUUUUAUGUCAUUUAGGUCCCCAAUCCCUUUUGGACUGAGUAGUUUGAGAAAAGUCUAUUAAAAAUAUGUGAUAACAGGGGAUUAUUACUGGCAUCUGAUUCAUACAAAUUUUCCAAUCCCACUAAAUACAUUUACAGAGAGACUGUGAGGAGAAAUGUUCAGUACAACAGCCCAUUUCGAGUGUAUAGAUAGAUGUAGUACUGUAAAAUGUUGCAGGGUAGAGAAGACACCCUGAGAUAUAAGUACAUAUUUCAAAAAAGACUGCCUUCAUCUGGAAGAAGGCAGUUUGUAGAUAUGUGGGAUUUUAUAAGUUGAGGCGAUUGCAUUGGAGUUAUGUGUGUGUGCAGCUGUCCCAUACUUUUUUUAUGUCUACCUGCGAGCCUGCACCUCAAUAGAAUAGGUGUGCAUUUUUUAUUUAACCUUUAUUUAAAAGUUACAUAUUUAUAUAUACAGUAAAUAUUUUCACUCAAUACUGCACAGUGACCUUACAGAGUUUGAAAAAGGUCACUAUACAAGUUGUGGAAUAUACUUUAAAAGACACAUUCAAGUCGUCAUUGUAUCCAUUACACAAUUUUAAAAAUAUUCCAUGUUAGAAUUAACUAUCAGAGAAUAACCACACAGGAGUGUGUAUAUACUGUAGGUUGAAUAUGGUGUGAUAUUAUUUUUGUUCAGUGGUAAUGUGUCUCUGAUGCUCAUGUAUUGUCCUAUUUGAUAAAGUCUUCUCAUCUUGACCUUUUAAGGAGGUUACAACAAAUGGAACACAUUAUUGGCCAAGCCAUGGGUGGGUAAUAAUUCAAUAUUAUCGUUUAUUGUGUCUCCGUAUAUUUGUAUCAUGACAAGGUUCUCAUAUGGCAAUAUCAGGGUUUACUCACGUGUCUAAAUGAAUAAAUGAAAGUUACACUAGA